GUUAUCAUCAUACUUCAUAGCUGUUGUUUCUUGCAUUGGUCCACUUUUUGUGUAUUGCUAGUCCUAUUUUUCCAAGAUUAUAUUCCAGACCGUUAUAUUUUGCUUCUAUGUAUGAACAUAGGAAGUAGUUUGGAGACUAGCGCAACGAGCAGUGAGUUAUCCAACAUGACGAUGAUAAUCGUGUCAACUCUGAUAGCCACAUUGGUAGGUAAAUGCCUUUGUGACUGCUAUGGAGAGGUUGGUGGAGUUCAUCAUAUCAAUGAUUGCAGCGGAACUUUUUAUGCUAGUAGUGGAGGUACUUACUAUUUCACUAAUGGCCCAAAGAAAUUUGUUGCUGGAAGUGGAGGUUAUUACUAUGGAGAUGCUGGUGGAGAUGAAUUCAUUGCAGGUAAAGGAGGUUAUUAUUAUUUGGGUUCUGCAAAAGGAAAGCACCAAAGAGGAGAAGGAGUCGUUAAAGGUGGUUCUGGAGGAUAUUACGAUUUGCCUCAUGGCUAUGGAACGGUAGUAGGAGCUAGUGGUGGUAUGUACUAUGGAGAAGCUGGCGGAAGAGGAUUGGUUGAUAGUACUGGAGGAACUUUCUCUGUAAAUAAGUGAGUGUCUGGCAAGAAUAUCAUAGUUCUGCUUUUGAAUAUGAAUGUGUAAGCAUCUUUCAAAUAUGUUAUACGUACAGAGUGUUCCCAAAAACCUUUCUGAUUGUAAAAAACUUAAAAUAAAAGUUUAAAUUUGAA